CCUGUUUGUUGAAUGUGUCAUGGUCACUUAUUUCCUUUGUGUUUGAUACGCCGUAGGGGUUUAGGUGAAUAGAGCUCCUACCGCGCAGUCACUCUGGUACGACUUCCUUGAACUGAAAGCGACUGUGAGCAUGCGCAGAGUCGAGCCACUGCAGCACCAUGAUUACGUCACCCGUACUAAAGCCAAGGCAAGCCCGGACAGACACCACCGGCUGGAGUCACACGACGCGCUCCACUUCAUCCCAGUCAAUGGACUGUUUAUCGGAAAUUGACAGACGGCAGAUUGAACGACAAAUAGGAAUACAUUUCGAAAACGUUUUUAUUUGAAGUAAAAAAAUAUAUCAAAAUAAAAAAGCUGGCCAUAGACGGAACGUGUUUUUUUUUUUAGUGAGCAGGAGUUUGGUUCACUGUUUGGUUCCCAUAGCCAUGACACUUGUGGACGACCUCGCAUCAGCAGCAGCGACCGGGAACACCGCAGGUGUGGAGGAUCUCCUCCGGAGAGGGGCCGAUGUUAACGGUGUGAAUAAGUACGGCAGGACGCCGUUGCAGGUGAUGAUGAUGGGCAGCACCCCGGUAGCCCGCCUGCUGCUCGCGCAAGGCUCGCGGCCGAACGUGGCGGACAGCAGCACCGGGACCACCCCGCUGCACGACGCCGCGCGCGAGGGCUUCCUGGACACGCUGAGGGUCCUGCUGGAGUUCAAGGCCGACCCCGGGGCCCGGGACCACUUUAACUCUCGACCCGUGGAUCUGGCGAGGCAGAGUGGACACGACGACGUUGUGGAGUUUCUCAAGCUCUUAGAAGAAGCAAACUGAAAAAAGCCUUGAAAGGAUUGUUGCACUUUCCACUGCGUUGCGGGCGUUUUGUUUUAACGGGCCCCCGUUUGAGGGGCCGGACUGGACCUGCGGCCUGAAUAAGGCCGUUCGGAUCAACGGUUUUCAAUGUCGUUUUAUUUAUUGUUUUCAUCUAUUGCUGAUUAUAGGACCACACCCCUUUCAAGUAUAAAUGUAGGUUUUGUAGUCCUAAAGGUUGUGUAGAUAGAAGAUUAUACGCAUAAAGGCUAUGCAUGGCUGGGGCUUUAGUGGGAUAGGCUACUUGUAAUUGCUUUUUAAUCGUUGAUAGGAUAGGCCUAUUUGUUAGACCUAUGCUGGACAGAGCCUAUGAUUCUCGUAUGAUAGGCUUAACCCUUAAUAAGUCCUAAUAGCGAUUCGGCUUAUGCACUUUAUUAACCUGUUUGUCUGCCGGUGGAGAGAGGGGAGGCCUCGGCUCCUGGCCCCAGAGGGCCCUCGCGGUCCUUGGUCCCUGAGGGAGAGGAAUGACGGCCUGUAGUCUGGGUCGCAAGGAGAUCAUGUUUGUUCCGAGCAAUAAUUAUAUGAUCGUCUUUUGUAGCGCUAAAGGCUACAAGUAAACACUGGGUUGGGUAAGCAAAUGAGAAUGAGCGUGCUCAAAUUAACAUUGUUUAAAUAUAUUUGUAAAAUAUGGGGAGUACAAAUAUACAGCCUGUAACAAAUGUAGGUUGGUUCUGUGGAUGACCAUAGGCCUGUUUUGGUUUGAUCAAAAUAGGGUUUCAUAUCGAAAUAUAGGCCCAUCGACUCUAGAAAAACGGUUGUAAUAUCCCCUUUCGUCUCAAUGAAUUGUUAAAAAAAUACAUUGUACAAAAUAUAUUAUUUAGGCCAUAGGCAAAAGUUAUUUAUUAAAAAUCUAUAUUUGGUGACCAGGAUGCGUUGUAUUGUACAUAUUUCUUACAAAACCAAACACGAGAAACGCCCCUUGUGAAUGCUGUUCUCCCUUAUCACUUGACGCCAGACUAUCUCCACAAAUAUGACAUGUAAACCUCGAAGCACAAACUGGACUCCAUGCGGCCAUGCUUUCGCAUGCGCAAAACCCGUUUACUGCACUAUGUUGGGUAACUCUAGGUCUCAUAUAGGGGUAUUCGGUUGUCCUGUAUACAAAUAAAAAGUGAAUUGUGAAUUUGUGCAAAUAAAUAUGUACAUUUUUUAGAUAUGUUUCAAUGUAUUGCCAAAUUCACGCAAGUAGUUCUACCAUUUAUUUAGUCUAUAGAUUUGCUAAAGAGAAACUCGAUUUAUAGGAUUAUUGUUUCAAUAAACAAUUGCUAAAUCAAGACUAAAAAAAUAAUUGUAGGCCUAGGUCAUCUGCAUUCAAAGUAAAACAUCAGAUUGGGUUAGGCCUUUAUUACCUGCUGAUGUGGGUUAAAGCAUAAAGGAUUGUAAUGGAAAACCUGUCUCGCAUGCCUAAUUUUUUAUUGGUCAUAUAGUUUGAUUGCACAUUGUCAGUAACAGGAUUAUAAACAAGUUGUAAACCAUAAAACAAUAGUCCAAUGUCUCAGACAUCGUUUCGGUCCACAUUAAAUAUUAAUCUCUCAAAUCAGUUCUUCCGACCUGAUCGACUAAUUUACCUUUUUAAUUUCUAAUUUAUUCCAGAUGCGAAGCUUGUAAGGUUUGUAAAUUUUAUUUAUUGAAGCUGUCAAGAUGUGCCAACAAAAUCAGGCCUAUGUGUGUUUGCAUAGGCCUAUGGUGAAGCAGGAUAUCCAAGUGCAUAAAGUAGCCUUUGACCUAUAAAAACAAAGAUAAGGUCUAAAAGACUAUCAAAAUAAUCCAACCGGCUGAUGAUCACCUCAUAAAAAUACAUUUCCAUUCGUCGUACAGACAAGCUUUACAUGAAAUAAACAAUAAUACAAGCAUGUAGGGCAGGCCUAUUUCGCAGAGCUAAUGUAGGUAAAUAUCACUUACAAAUUGUCAUUCAGGCAAGUCAAUGUUUACAAGGCUAACAACGCUGUAAAAUAGUAAAUCAUGCAACAGCCAUAUCUCAAUUCAACCUCCUAAUACUGAAAUGAACACUGAGAUACAAAGCCAAUAAAAUCAAUUAUGAUCUCACAAAUGAAUUCAAAUCUGACCUAGAACUUUGAACACUGAUCCCUCCGAACUCUCCGGGGCUCUCCCCCAGAAGGUGGCAGUCCUUCGUAAAACCAUGCGGAAGUGUUCCACCACAAUGAAUAGUGUGUGCAGAUUGUAAAUGACCGCGCUGUUUUUUGCAGCUUUCUUCAUUUAAAAAACAGGAAACACUGAGGAGACAUGCAAUAGAUGUGCCAGGCACUUUCUUGUGAUUGGUGAUUGACCGCUGAUCCAAAUCCAGGCGGAGGCAUUUGAAGGCUAGAGCUGGCGGUGGCGGGGGUGACAAACUGGUGGUGUGUGUGUGAGUGGGUGUAGCGGAGGUCGCAUUACUCAGUGCUUGGGUAACAUCACGGAACACUGGGCCAGUGUCUGGAAAACAAAGAAGAUUGUAAUUAAAAAAAUUAUCAUUUAGUUAUGUUUUGCUGGGAUUAUUUAUUACAAAUUUUAUUUUUUAACAUUAUUAAAGAAAUCUAAAAUUAUAAGUAAAGUAAGGAAGAAGUAAAGCCAAAGGCGUCCUGGCUUUAACAGAUUUUUUUAUUCAACUGAGACAUAAUGUUAGCAGAGCUCACUAACACCUGCAUUGUUCAGGCCUUGACAGAAAUUAUGUAUUUUAAAUAUUGAAAAAUAAAAUAAUCUGCAAACGGGUCAGCUAGCAACUAUUAAAAAAUACAAAUAAAGAAAGGGUACACAGAAUUCAGGAUACAUUUUUCUGUAUUUAAAAUAUAUAAUUAAUUGCAUUUGAAAGACAAUGGCCAAACCCUAAUUUUUUAUAUAUUUGAAUCACAUUAUUAUAUACACUGUAUAAAACACAUUGGUCUCCAAUUUACUACUACCCGACCUAAUGAAGGAUGAUCAUUAUGGUCAAAACUCAAUUUCAUGUAAAUUAAAGUUCUAAAUGAGCUCACAAGUGAUUUUAAAAUGAACCACCAUGGAUUAUGUGAGUGUUAAAUAGAUGGUAAUAAUGGUUGGUUGGUUUGGAACUACUUUUUAUUUAGUUUUUUUCAUUGCCCAAUUCACAUGAUGUUGAAGAAGUCGGCAGGCACAUUGUUUAGCCCUACCAUCUCUGUAUGUCCCUUACAUCAAAAAUGUAAUUACUGCAGCUACUGUGGAUUAACAUGAUUUGAGUGAUAUCAGCCUCCCUUGAAAGAUUGCUAAGAUAAAUGCUUGAAAUUCUGUCAAAUAAAGUAAGCUAAUGGAACGGAAGCGUUUGGCAAAAUGAGGGGAAAGGACGGCUGGACUUACUUUCAGGCUUUUUAUGGUCUGUGACCAAUCCAUUUGGCAGAUCUGGGGAAUCACUGUGAGCAGGAUGCUGCUUGCUUUAUUUGCGUUUUCCUUCAUGGUCUUCAGUACGUUGUCAACACAUACCUGCCAGUGAGAGAACAUGAUACCGUCAACUGAAAUGUUCAAAAAAUUAUCAAUGCAUUUGUUUUUGAAAACAACCUACAAAAUUAAAUGUUUGUAUUCGUAAGUAACCAGAUGGAAGCAAACUUCCAGAGUCAAGCUUUGUAAAAGUAUUUUAUUUCCUUAAGUGAAAAGUAAACAGAAACAGCCUACUGGAUAUCAAUGGGAAAAACCUAAGCGGAUGUUUCAGAUGGUUUGCAGCAGGUUAAAUAUUGAUUCUUAUACCACACCUUCCCUCAAUCGUCACCUGAGGAGACCCUUCAGGACCAAACCUGUCUCUAUCUCUGUGCCUUCAGACACCCAGUCACAUACACACACGCACACUGGGAGCGUAC